AAGCACCGAGAUGCAGAGUCACAAAAUCGGCUUAGAUUAUAGCAGAACAGCUCUGAAGCUAUGAACAUUUCAUCCGAACCACACGCCGUAGCAAUUUUUCGGGUCUACCACGACAUCUCCGGUACCACCAUGGCAGACACUAGGCCUUCAUCUUCGGGAGACUCUUGUUCUAACAUGAAAGGCUAAAUAGUCUUAUCUGAGGGCAAAAUAUAAACAAAUGUCGAGGUAUUCUUGGCCUUGAACUUGAUGGAAACCCAGGCUUUAUCAGACUGAAAGCAAAAACAUGUCACUAAAUGCUCAUGAUCCGAUUAAUCGGGAGGCCAAGCCGCCUCAAGCCAAUUCUGCUACGCCUUUAGCCGACCUUUUUCGGCUAGAAGGUCGAACUAUCAUUGUGACAGGUGGUGCUGGAGCACUAGGGGCAGCUGUCGUGGGCACAGUUCUAGAAAGUGGUGGAGAUGUUGUGUGUUUGGACAUUAUCGUAUCUCCAAAUGGAUCUGUAUGGGAGAUGUUAAAAGCUUCUUCUCGAAAGCAUGGGACAACACUUUCAUAUUUUCAAUGUGAUGUGACGAAUUCAGAAGAAGUCGCCAAGGUCUUUUCAGAUUUUGUGCCAACAUUAAGAAGUCCCAUACGUGGACUUGUCAAUUGUGUUGGAGUGUCGGAUAAUUACUCCGUGAUAGAUUUCCCUCCAGAAAAGUUCAAACGACUCCUCAAUAUCAACGUCCUAGGCACUUUCAUUGUGGCACAAGCAGUUGCACGGGAGGUUAUAAAGACUGGCCUGUCAGCGAGUAUGGUAUUGAUAAGCAGCAUUAGCGGAUUAGUAUCUAAUAGGGGGACAGAUAAUGCAGGUUAUAAUUCCUCUAAAGCAGCAGUGCUUCAACUUGCACGAUCUAUGGCAGCAGAAUGGGGAGGAAGGGUCGGAAUACCUCUUAUUCGGGUAAACUCCAUCUCGCCUGGAUAUAUUAGGACGCCGGCGCUCCAGGUCGCACUUGAUCGUCCAGGAUUAGAGGAGCAGAUUAUUGGUGACCAUAUGCUGUACAGACUAAGUACAGUAGAUGAGUAUCGUGCACCUGUACUGUUUUUAUUGGGAGAUGGAAGUAGCUUUGUAACGGGCACUGAUCUGAGGGUUGAUGGAGGCUAUUGUGCCUGGUAA